UUAUUAAAAAACCAUUGUUAUCUCAGUUGAAUUUAAAAGCCCAAUGUAUGUGUCCACGUGCAGCCAGCAAAAAUCUCUCGAACCCUUGAGCUUCCACGUAGCCAGCAAAAAUCUCUCGAACCCUUGAGCUUCCACGCAGCAAGCUCGAUCUCUCGAACUUCCGCCGCCACCCUCCGUCAACAAGUUUGCCUUCCCUUGGUGAAGAGCUCCGUCGAAGUGCAUCAUCUCUCUCUCACUUGCGGCAUCAUGUGUCUCAUUGGGCAAGAACCCUAGGCCCCAAUCCGCUUAGUUCUGUUAUGAUGUAGAGGUGUGGUAACUCUCUCUCUCACUCACUUACUCACUGCUUUGAUUUUGUGUUGAUGAUGUUGUAGAAGAAGAAGAAUGGCGGCGAUAACGGCAACAACAAGGAGAACGAAGACUCCACCAUCACCUAAAGCAUUUGAGCAUGUUUCUUUUUGUGGAGUUGUCUGUGGAAGCUUCGUUUGGGCAUCAAUGGCCUCGUUCGAUGAAACUCCUCCCAGAAACUCCAAGAACGGCGAGAAGAUCUUCAAAACCAAGUGCGCUCAGUGCCACACCAUCGACAAAGGUGCCGACAACAAACAAGCUGAUGGCGCAAAUUCUGCUCCAUGGGACUCUUCACGCCACUGUCUAUGAAGUCGAUAAGCUCAAAAUUGGUGGAGGCAACUUUUUAACCAAGAUUAGUUUAUUGAUAAUCUUGCAAUGGUAUCAGCGCUGCCUCUGUUACUGCCUUCUCCAAACAGAGAAUAAACCUAACUAACCUUCACACGUUAAUUUCAUGAAUGACGAAUUAACUUACCUGAUCUAUAUGGUGCUUUUAUAUCACCAAUAUUUUUUGGUUUCUUGAUCUAUAUGGUGUUUUUAUAUCAAAGUACUGCAUUAUUUAUUCUUGAUCCCAUUGAAUGUUAUAAAGAACAAAUUAAGAUAAUGAGUAUAAAUUGUGUAAUAAUAUAUCUUAUUCAUCGUUAAAUUUUU